UGAUGCGAGUGAGGUUAUACAUGAUUAAUAAGACAACCAGUUGGUAAUUGGAUUUUGUGGUUCUGCCUUUUUGGUUUUUCAUUGAAAUCAAGUUUGUGUUUUUCCGAAAUUGAAGUAAUACCAAUGGUUUUCCUAGCCAAGUUUGAUUAUUUACUGGGUUGCCAUCUCAUUCUGGAGAAUCUAGACUAAAUCAAGUUGUUUUAAGGAAUUUAUUCGUUAUUUAUAUCUUUUUGUUAAGGAAUUUUUCGUUAUUUAUGGCUUUGAUUGUGUUAAUGCUACUGGGGACUGUCGGUGUUUUCUCGAAUUAUGUACACAGUACAAGUGCACCUUGAUUGCUAGCUUUUUCAAGGGAGGACUCAUUGCAGUGCAUUAUGUGACUAGUUCUUCUAUAAAAGGAACUAAAAUGCAUUUUUUAUCUCAGAUGGUAGAGGUAGGACCGUAGGAGAAAGGUUUUGUCGUUGUAUCCUUCUUCCUUGGGGUUGCUUUAAUUCAUCUGAAGCUGGAUUUCUUAAAUCGGUAGCAGGCCACCUUCAAAUCAUGCUGCAUCUUAGUUGCCAAUAGAUGACAAGGGAUUUGAGCUACCAUAACCAAAUAAAAAGCUGACAGGCAAUACUACUGCAUAUACUGGCAAUUCGAGCUGUACAUGGGUGCUGAUGGUGUAAUGUCUGUUUCUGUUAGCCGGAGUGGUGCUUUGUCAUCACCCGAUGUACCCCUCUUACACCAAUAUUUGUCUCUUGAACACAUUUCAUUUGGCACUCCGAAAUAUACACGUUCAGGAGAAUUGAGGAGAGCUCUUGGUGUUUCUCUUGGAAGUGCAUCGGAAGAUCUUCCAUUCAGAGCUUCCAACUUUAGGCCUUCUCCACCCGUGGCCCCUGAAGAGUUAAAGCAAAUCCGAGAGAGUGUUUCAAGUACCUCUGCAAAGGCUAGAGAAAGGUCGCAAAUGUUACGUGAAUCAUCCAUUAAAUUAGAAAAAUAUAUGGAAACCAUGGGCUCAAAGAAGAGGCAACGAACUGAUAUCCUGUCAAAUGAAAAACCGGGUGGAUCAAGCUUAUUGAAGAUGGCAGGUCAGCCUCGUAAUCUCGCGGACCUAUCAGCUCAAAGAUUAGAGGACAAGGCCAAGUGUGCUGGGAUGAAUAAGCGUUUUCGCACAUCUGGUGGAGAUCUCAGGGUUGACAGUAAAUCUGGUUCCUUGUUGAAGGAUCAAAUAGGUACUGAGAAGGACAUAAACAUUAUUAAACCUGCAAACAGGACUUCUAUUCCUGAAGAAAGAAUGUUGAGACUCUCUGCUGUGGGGGAUAGUUGGGACAAAAAUAUGAUGAAGCGGAAACGCUCUGUUGGGACAGUGCCAAAUAGAUCUGUAGACAGUGACAUCAAAAGAACAUUGCAUUCAGAGCCCAGUACCAAUUCUAAGUUGGCUUCUUAUGACACAUCCACUCUAAGAUUGAGUGGUAGAUCAAAUGCUAAGCAAGGCACCUCAACUGGCGGUCCUGCUACGUUGAUAAAAGGAAAGAUUUCUAGGGCUCCACGAACUGGUUCUGUCAUGGUGGUGAACUCCUCUUCUGAUGUUCAUGCCCCCUCCGAAGUUUGUGAAGGGUGGGAACAGCCUACAAGUACCAACAAAGUGAUUUCUCUUGAUUCGAUGCAGAAUAAUCACAGGGCUGCCAAUUCAUCUCAUAUUCUUGGUCAGUGGGUUGUUCAAAGACAACAGAAAAGCUCCCGUAGCAGAAGAUCUAAUGUGGUUUCACCUGUAUCAAAUCAUGAUGACGGUCAACUCCCUUCAGUUAAAUAUUCUCCUCCUGUUAUUGGUGCCAAGAACUCUCUGAAUGGUAGCGUUGGAUGUUUAGAAUCUGUUGAUCUUCAUAACAAUAAUUUGAGAACUAAAGUUAAAGUUGAGAGUAUGGCAUCUCCUGGUAUUAUGUCAGAAGGUGAAGAAAUGAGAGGCUUGGAGCUCAAGUUGGAAGAAAAAGGAACAGAUUGUAGUGAUGUCGUGCUAACUGGAAAAGGUAAAAUGCGUGCCUUUAUCAUUCCUACCAAGAGGAAUAAAAAUGUUUUGAAUGAAAAUGUUGGUGAUGGAGUGCGGAGACAAGGAAGGACAGUGAGGGGUUUGUCUUUGUCAAGCCCAGGACUUUCACCAUCUGAACCGAAGUUGGAGAAUGUGUCAACAGCAAAGCGUAUUCAAAGUACAAAGCCGGGCUCAGAGAAAAUUAAAAGUAAAUCAGGACGCCCACCAUCAAGAAAGAUGUCAGACGGGAGGACUUUCUCACGUAAUUCAAUUGAAUCCGAUGAUGACCGUGAAGAGUUGUUGGCUGCCGCUGCUGCUGCUCGCAAGGCUAGCCACAUAUCUUGUUCUGGGCGGUUCUGGAAGAAAAUGGAACCGAUCUUUGGUACAGCUAGUUCACAAGAUGUAAGCUACAUGAAACAACAGUUGAGCCUUGCAGAGGAGCUAGAAGAUAGCUUAUCUGUAAUUCCGGGCGCUCAAUAUAACAUAUUGGGUGUUUUUAUGCACAAAGAAAAGGUCGAUGUUUCUUCUGGAAAGAAAGGUUGUGAUUCCAAUGAAGUAGUAGAUAAGGAUGAAUUGUUAUCUGAAGGAUUAGCAGGGGGAAAUAGGCUGGAUAAGUUUUCCUCCUUGUACCAUAGAGUACUGUCUGCUUUGAUUGACGAAGAUGAAAAUGAGGGAACUUACAAUGGGAAUGAAGGAGUUAGUAUGUCUUUACAGUGUGCAAGUGACGAUUCUCAUUGUGGCUCAUGUAAUUAUGUUGAUGCUGAUGUUAGAGACAGAGACAGAUUUGACUCGGAGGCGGAGUCAAUGGUCGAUGUUCAGAUUCAAAAACGUUGCUCUGGAGACAGAUUUUCUUGUAAUAAGAGUGUCACAUCUAACACAACAAGGAAUGCAAGUAUGUCUGAUUCUUUGUAUAGCAGUGGACGGUGGUUGGGGGAUGAUGGCCUUUCUCACUCAGACGCAGAGUUUGUUAGUGGAAAUUGGCAGAAUGAUGUUGGUGGGCCACAACCUUCAGAUGUAUCUGCUUCUGGAACUUUUCUUGAUCCCCAAUAUCAGCUGAUGUGUAUUGAUGAUCGACUAAUGUUGGAGCUGCAGAGCGUUGGAUUGUACCUAGAUACAAUGCCUGAUCUGGCUGACAGAGAAGAAGUGAUUGAUCGAGAUAUUACAGAGCUUAGAGAGGGACUUUGCGAACAGACUGCGAAAAAGAAGGACAACUUGGUCAAGAUUGAUAAGGCUAUUGAAGAUGAUAGAAAGAGGGAGAAACCAUUCAUGGAGCAUCUUGCCAUGGAACAACUAAUGCAGAUGGCUUACAAAAGGCGAAUGGCUUGUAGAAGAAAUAAUGGCUCCAAAACUGUGAUGCGCAAAGUGUCAAAGCAAGUUGCAAUGGGUUUCAUAGAACGAACUCUUGUGAGGUGUAAAAAUUUUGAACUCACUGGCCGGAGCUGUUUUAGUGAACCUGCUCUGCAGAAUGUUCUCUUUGCAGCAACUCAAGUCAAUGGUGCAGGUGCCUGCACUGCAACAGAUAGUCAUACAGGCCAUGGGGCUCCUAACCGCUGUGUGGAUACUGCAAAAGCUGAUUUUAGCUCGUUUAGUGUGUUGGAUUCUUGCACCAAUGAUUUUGGGAGAGGUUAUCUUUACUCUCCACAAGGUGGCAGUUGCUCUUCUGAACGUGGUUACCCUGAAUUUGAACCAUUAUCACACAAGGGCAAGAAGAGGGAACUACUCCUUGAUGAUGUCGGGGUGGCCUCCUCUAGAGGUGCAAUGGCUUUUGGUAGCUCUGUUGUUGGAGGACCAAAAGCAAAGAGAAGUGAGAGAGAUAGAAAUCAAGGUAGAAGUGUUCUGGCGGCUACUGCUGCAGGUGAAAGUCAGUCUGUGGUAAGCUUCAGCAGUGAUCAGAAACCCAAAACAAAACCAAAGAAUCCAACCUCCACUGUGAAGCCAAUGUCAAGUGCAGUCCAGUGGCAAAAUACUGAACACAACAAGAGGCGCAGGGAAAUUGGACUAUCAUCUGGGAAUGCUCCAGAAGAUGCUCGUCAGAAAUCAGAGGAGCAUAUUGAUUUUGAUCCCAUUGAACAACUUGAUAUUUCUAACGAUCCCAAUGCACCUGAGGAUUUCAACAAUUGGUUGACUGGAUUGCAAGAUUAUGACUCAAUUGGUUUAGAAAUACCUAUGGAUGAUCUUAAUAUGGUGUUGAUGUGACAAUGGUGAUCAUGUCGUGCUUUGUAUAUAUGUGUAUAUUUUUGGCUAGAACAUUGAUUAGCAUAUUUAAUUGUUUGCUCACAUGGUCUCAAAUGGGAAACCUGUAAAUAUUUAUUAUCUAAUUGGUUUUAAUUGCAUUUUUGCAUA